AUAUGCUCCCUCCGUCCCAAAAAGAUUUACACGUUUCAAAAAAAUUGUGUCCCAUAAUCUCCUACCCAUUUCUAUUAAAAAACCACUUUUACCCCUUACUUUUUGAAACCCUACCUAUCACAUCAUACAUUUUUCCUAAUAAUCUACACAUCACAUCCUACUUUUACUCAUCAAGGGUAUUUUUGGAAAGUCAACCCAACCCAAAAUUAUCCCUUGCUUCGAUCCAAAUCGCCGUCGUCCUGGCUCCUCUUUCUCCAGACAUGGGUUACUACGGCAAGGUGGAAGAGUCCGACCGGCGACGAUCUACAGAGGCGACGACGGGGAGCGAUCUGGGAACCUCGAACCAGCGAGCUCCGACCGUCCGACGAUGUCUGGCCAAAAUCCGAGCGACAGCGCUCUAUCCAACGGCGAGUUCCGGCAGCGACGCCGGUGACCGACCACAGUGGACCAGCGACGAUUUCUGCCGGAAUCCCCCUGUCCAGCGACCUCUGUUCCGGCGAAGUCCACCAGCUCCGGCAGAGUAACAGCCAGCAACGAUAUGACAGAUCCGGGCGGGCUUGGGCAGUGACGGGCUUGCUUGGGCAACGAUACCGGACUGUGCGUGACGCCGUCUACCCUCUCCGUUUGGGAGUUUCUCUCUACAGGAACUGCAGUGCUGGCCAGUGUUCACGUAACACGGUUCACAGAGUAUCCUAAACUACUGCUUCCUCCGUGAUUUUGUUGUGUUUUUUGUGCAAAAUUUGGAUCUCCAGGAUCGACUUCAAUAGAGGAUUCCAUUUUUGAGUUUAUCUUUUCUGAUUUGGGAAUGGAUUUUGCUGAAAUUGGUAUG